AUGGCUAGAGAAAUUUCCGACAUCAAACAAUUCUUAGAAUUAACCAGAAGAGCUGACGUUUCUUCUGCUACUGUCAAGAUUAACAAGAAAUUGAACAAAUCUGGUAAGCAAUUCAGACAAACCAAAUUCAAGGUCAGAGGUUCUAGACACUUAUACACUUUAAUCGUUAACGAUGCUGGUAAGGCCAAGAAAUUGAUCCAAUCUUUACCACCAACUUUGAAGGUUAACAAAUUAUAA